CUUCACUCCCCCCCACUCUCAUCUUCUUCUACCCCAAGCUAGCUGUUCUUCAGAGACCAGUACCAGAGUUAGCUCCAGGGUUUUCCGAUGGCCGGCACCGAUUUCACAGCCUCCGAGCUUUCCUCUCCGACGGCCCCUCAUUUGGAGGAGUUGAAUGAAACAAGGCAGAAGAACGAGAACGCAGUUCCUGUUAGUGCCAAGAUUGCUGAAUUGAGUGAAUCAAGGCAAGAGCUUCUCAGUCGAAUUCAGAAUUUGAAACAGGAUUUGCAAAGUUGGAGAUCAAAACUGGACACUCAAGUAAAGGUCUAUCGGGAUGAGCUUUCGGAACUAAAGAAAUCACUCAAUGGAGAGGUGGAUCAACUUCGAUCGGAUUUUCAAUUGCUGAAAAGUACCCUUCAACAGCAGCAGGAAGAUGUCACUGCCAGCCUUAGAAACCUUGGGCUUCAGGAUGUUGCUGAAGGCAACAACAAAGACGAAGGUGCAACAUUUGGCAAUAACGGAACGGAGGGUCAGGAUUUGUCCAAGGAGAAUGCUAAAGAAACCCCAAAGUAGACCCGACGGAUCUCUGUUAUGGUCUUUCUAUAAUAACUUUGAUCUUAUGUAGGAGCAUAGCUCAUAUAUGUAUAAUGUUCAUAGCAGAGAGAGCUAUGGAGUGCUCAAGUGAGAGUUUGUUGUGUCUAGGCUUGUGUUGUAGAGGUUAUUGUUUCCGUUCCCGAACCGAAAGGUAUUAUUCUCAUUAUAUCCUUCUCAUAAGUCUAAGCUACUUUCCAUGUU